AUGGCGCAAGGAGAUUCGGAGAGGGUGCGCGAGGCGCAGAAGGCCGCUCCUACAGAUCCCAAGAAGGCCGAGCAGAUCUACAAGGACAUCAUCUCCAAGCCGCCCUCUGUCACCUCCGAGGCUGCGAUACGAGAAUAUGAAACUGCCCUGAUCAGCUUGGGAGAGCUCUACCGGAACCAAAAGAACACACAGGAUCUGGUUGAGCUUGUCACCAAGAGCCGCACUGUCCUGUCCUCGUUUGCGAAGGCGAAGACCGCGAAGCUGGUCCGACAGCUCCUCGAUCUCUUCCACGACAUCCCCAACACCACCGAACUCCAGAUAUCCACUACAAAGUCAUGUAUAGAAUGGGCUACGUCAGAGCGCCGAGGCUUUCUCCGGCAGAACCUCGAAACCCGUCUGGUCGCCCUCUACAUGGCCAAGCAGUCCUACUAUGACGCCCUGACCCUCAUCAACGGGCUUCUCCGUGAGCUCAAGCGCCUAGACGACAAGCUUGUCCUCGUCGAGGUUCAGCUUCUCGAGUCCCGCGUCUACCACGCCCUGGGCAACAUCCCAAAGGCACGCGCCGCGCUCACCAGCGCCCGCACCUCAGCCGCCUCCGUCUAUACCCCGCCGCUCCUCCAGGCGAACCUGGACAUGCAGGCCGGCAUGCUGCACGCCGAGGACAAGGACUUCAACACGGCCUACAGCUACUUCAUCGAGGCGCUGGACGGGUACUCGCAGCUGGACGAGACGGUCAAGGCGACGGCGGCGCUGCAGUACAUGCUGCUGUGCAAGGUGAUGCUGAACCAGGUCGACGAUGUCAACACGCUCAUGACGUCCAAGCAGGCGACAAAGUACGCCUCUAAAUCCCUCGAGGCCAUGAAGGCCAUCGCGCGCGCGCACUCCAACCGGUCGCUCGACGAGUACGAGAGCGUGCUGGGCUCCUACCAGCGCGAGCUGGGCAGCGACGCCUUCAUCCGGGGCCACCUGCGCCGCCUGUACGAUGCCAUGCUCGAGCAGAACCUCAUCAAGGUCAUCGAGCCCUUUUCGCGCGUCGAGAUUGACCAUGUUGCCAAGAUGGUCAAACUCAGCCCUGUCCAGGUCGAGGAGAAGCUGUCACAGAUGAUCCUGGACAAGGUCAUCAUUGGUGUCUUGGACCAGGGCGCGGGGUGUCUCAAUAUCUUUGACGAGACACACAGGGAUGAGGCGUAUGAUUCUGCUCUGGCGACCAUCGACAAGCUAAGCAACGUGGUCGAUGUCCUCUACACAAACCAAGCUUCGAUGCUCGAGUAA